UCCAGCUCUUGCGAGCCUUACAGGUUCUAUUCCGGCUUGUUUUAUGGUGCCGCUGGGUUCAGCCUGCCCUUUUCCAGCCGAUGAUUUAAUGGCUGGCAGACAUUAACAACCAGCCAUAAAAAGGCGGAGAGUGAGGUGCCUGCAGAGGGACGGCUUUGUGAUGACAAGUGACGUGCUGUCGCGGCUUGGCUUACUGGAUAGGCAGGACAGCGCUGAAAGGCUUGCCAGGAGGCUCUCUUCUCCCAGGGGCCUACCAGCUGAAUUCGGAAAACCCUACUCUAUCUCCUACAGUCCUCGCUGCAGCCCUGCUGCACCCCCUUACCAGCUGAGAGAAGAAUCCUUGGAGUCGGUAGCAUCCAACGAGAACAGUAGCUCUCCACGACAAGACUGGCCCUCCAUCACAUACCGGACAGUAGUGAGAGGGCGACGCCGCAUCAUGGCUCUACUCAAGCUUUCCCUCAUGGGUUUCAGUUUUGUUUUCUGGGCAGCUGGGUUAGCGAUGUUCACAGUAGGCAUCUGGGCUAAAAUAUCCUUAGCGGACUACCUGGUUCUGUCCACUAACCAUUACCCCAACACACCAUUUAUUCUGCUAACCACUGGGGCAGCAGUCAUAAUUUGGGGCUUUCUUGGCUGUUUCAGUGCUGCAACAGAGAACCGUUGCUUGUUACGCAUGUAUGGUAUCUUCCAGCUGGCUGUGCUUGUAGCUGGCCUCUCUGCUGGCCUCUCUGGACUCUUCUACAGGAAGGACAUUGCUGAGGGUUUUCAGAAAGGAUUACAGGAAGCCAUUCGCCUUUAUACAGAGGACGAGGUGAAGGCUGAUGCCUUAGAUGAUGUUCAAAGGGCUCUGGACUGUUGUGGGGUGCACAGCUACCAAGACUGGCUGUUCUCUCCAUGGUCAUUAGAUCAAGAAGUUGCACGGCCCAAUGGCUCAGUGCCAUCCAGUUGUUGUGUACAACGGAGAGGUUGCAGGAACAGGCCAGUGCCCACAGAAGGAGCUGAGAUGGCUGGAAUUCAUACUCAUGGCUGUUUCCAGAAGGUUUUUGAUUUUGUCAGUGACAACAUGUUCCAUAUUGCAACAGGAGCACUGAGCCUUGCCACCAUUCAAGUUGUGGGCAUUGUACUGACGUGUCUAUUGGCUGCCAAGAUUGCUGGCCCUGUGCCCCAAGAAAGAGCACCAGUACACUAACUGGAACAGACAGAGAGUAGGAGUGGGGGGCUGUCGCAUGCUGGUCCUAGUUCAGUGAUAGUUGUGUAUGUAUUUGGCAAAAAAGAUGCUGUAGAAAAUAAAAACUGAUUAAUCAUAGCCUGACUUGCCUGAGGCACGUAGGAAACAUUUUUUAACAGUUCACAGAAAGAAAAGGGGCAAUCAACCAAGAGGGCAGAAAACUAUCCACCACCUGGAACAUGAUCCAGAAUAUCUGAACUUGGGCAAAAGUUGGGUGGACAGGCCACACCUCAGUCUCUAUCCCUUAGUUGUGAAUUGUCAUCUUACAAGCUUUGUUGUUAUCCAGCAGCAGCAGGCAACACUUCUCAUACUUCCACUGAGACCCUCAGCAAGUGAGCGGACAGCUGGCAGGAGCAGGCCUUUCCUACAUUUCAAGAUGACUUCCAGCGAUAUUCAGUGCAAACCGGGUGAGCCAGUUAGUCAGCCAAAGAUUGGCUUUAGGAAACAACAUGGCACAGAAGCCGCUUUUCCUAAGGUGACUAAUGACCUUUUGAUGGCUGCUGAUGUGGAGGAGUGAUCAGUCCUUGUACUCUUGGACCUUAGUGUAACAUCUGAUACUAUAGAUCAUACGCUUCUAAUUAAUAGGUUAAAUAAUUGUGUGAGUAUCUCUGGGACUGCCUAAGACUGGUUUACUUCUUAUUUGGCAAAAAGAAGUUUCUCAGUGACCAUGGGCAAGUACAGAGAUGGUUGUAUAACUCCUCAGCUGGUUCCAUCACCAUUGGCUUGCUGUCUGCAUCAGGAUUUUCUUGAAUAUGUUACUGCUGUACUCACUAAUGUCAUAAAGGGCUUUGAGUAAGCUGCUCACCAUAGUCAAAUCCUAUACCUGCAGUGGAGACCCAUUCUCCAGAAAUUUCUUCAUAUACAGUAUAUGCUGCCACCAGUCAACACUAAGUAAGCUAAGGAUGUCUGUCCUGUUUCCUUGGGUUCCAAACAAUGACUCUCAGAUCUAGUGUCUACUCACUUCUGUGUUGCUUUCUCCGUGGUUCUUCUACAAAGACUGUGUUUGCCCUGACAACAUGUUAUGUGUAAUGCUAACAAUUCUGCCCCAUUAAUUGGUUUUGCAUAAUAUAGGAGAUGAUUCUUUUGCUCUGUAAGUGCUCUGGGACAAUGUCCAUCAUAAACAGCAAGAUACU